CGGUAACAAGUCAGUGUUUAUAACCUCAAAAGUGUAUCAAUUCUGUUAAUUUUAUGUGUCCGUUAUAGAGCUGUCAGUGUACUUCCGUGAUUGUGAAUAUACUUUAUCGUGUAAAUCAGCAGAAUGUGGUAUUUGAUUGGUUCCGAAGGGAAUCGCGUGUACUUGCAUCCAAACAAAGAACUGACAUUCGGUAGAAAGAAAGCUGAUAUUCUUCUUGAAAAUGAUGAAUCUGUUAGUAGAUUACAUGCUGCUAUUUCCGUGGAACCUAGAGAUGUCAUUAAGUUGGGAGAGUCUACAUCGAUAUGUAAACUGAAAGACAUCAACUCAAAGUAUGGUACAUAUAUUAUUUUAGGAGAAGAAGAAAAAGUAGAAGUAUCUAAGGAAUGGUAUACUUUGAAGGACCAAGAUAAAAUACGAUUUGGCUUGCAGAAUCAUAUAUUUACUCUUGUGUAUGUUCCUAUAAUAACUGUUGUAUCUACCUUAAAUGAUCAUGAUAAGGAAGCACUACAAAAUUUGAUUGAUAAAAUUGAUGGGAUGAUCGCUACAGAUUGGACAUCUGCUUGCACUCAUUUGACAGUGUCAAAAGCUACAUUAACUGAAAAGGUUACUUGGGCUAUGGCAUCUGCCGUACCAAUAGUAAACCUAGAUUAUUGGGAAAAAGUGAAAGAUGCCUUUUAUAAUGCAAAAGAACUUCCAGAGUCGAAAGAUUUUGUUCCCGCGCUCAGCGAAUCAUUUAUUAUCAAAGGAAAAGUAUCGCUCUGUCCAAAUGAAAAACGGAAGACACUGUUUCAAAAUUUAAUAUUCGUAUAUUUUAGUGCGCAUCAAUAUAAAAUAUAUGGUAGAAUGGUUAAUAUGGCAGGUGGUAAAUCGCUUCUAUAUUUAAAAAAGCCUAUAACUAAUAAGGGACUCUGUGCAUCAAAUGUUGUUGUAUUGCAAUAUUCUAAUAACGCUGCAACACAGUCAACGCAAUCUAUCGUGUCCGAAUACGAUUCGAUAUAUAAUAUAUUACGAGCAAAUAAACGUAGAAUGAUAUCGGAAUCUGAAAUUCCUCUUGCAAUUUUAUAUUGUUCUGUGGACAAAUAUUGCAAUCCGAAAUUCAAGUUUGAAGAAUUCCUAAAACGGAAAGAAUCGAAACCAGAUACAUCUGAAGUCUUAGCUCUUGAUACACAGGAUGUGAUACAAUUACCGAAAGUAAUUUCCAACGUUCCAGGAAAUAUAAAUAUAGUCGUAAAAAAACCUAAACAGAGUUUUGAAGUUAUUCCUGAAUCAUACGAUAGUAACAGUGACAUAUUAAAUAUUGAUAGUGCUUAUCAGUUAAAAGAUAGUCUCGAACCUAACGCAUCAAAAGAAACGCAACAAACGCGAGAUGAUCUUAACAGUACCGUGUUAGGCACGGAAAAAAGGGUACCAAGUAUCGAAAUAAUAGAUGAUUCGUCCGUGCCUGAUGUUACACUAGAGGCCACGCAAUGUUCUUCACAAAAAUGUUUGAGUUCGCGGGAACGAAAUUUUGAAUCUUCCAAGUUGUCAACAGUUGCUAAUAAAGCAACUCCUUUUCAUAAUACGAAUGUUACACGAAAGGCCACGCAAUGUUUUUCAAAGGAAAGCUUGAGUUUGGAGGAACGAAGUUCUAGAGUUUCCAAGGUCUCAACAGUUGCUAAUAAAGGAACACCAUCCAACGAAGUAAUAGAUUUAACUGAAGAUAAUAAUAUCGAAUCGAGAGGUAAACAAUUAAAUAAGAACAAAUGCAAUGAAAAUUUAAGUACAGUUUUGACACAAGAAAAACUCAAUGAACUGUUAAAUAAAACGAAUGUAAGAGACGAUAAUCCAGAAGUAACACUUUUACCUCUGAAAGAUUGUAAAAAAUCUUCGCCAACGGUAGAAAAGCGAACAAGUUCAGAGAAAAGAAAGAACCAUUUUCACAAUACCGAGAGCGAGGAAGAACAUAUUCCUGUCAGAAAAAGAACUAGUACCGAAAACUCAGACGUGGAACAUAGGAUAAAAUUAUCGCACACUAAUGGAAACAGCAGUUCUACCAAGUUACCGACUUGCUCUUCAUUUUUUAUUCGAUCUAAUCCUACUUGCAAACGGUUUAAAAAGUUUCACAAUGUAAUUCCUAAACGAAGGAUAACUCUAAACGACAUGUAUGUUUGGAAUCGACAGAGUGUAUAAAAUUUGUAAACAUAUUAUAAUUUUAUUUUGUCCAAUGUAUAAAGUAUUAUUUUAAGUACUA